AUUCCCUCCUUCUCCCUCCCUUUCGUCUCCUCAUAUCCACCGGCAACUGCACUGAAGCAGGCUGCCUCACCAAGCCUGUGGAUCCCAUCACCUCACUAAUUAGCCUUGAACUACUGUUGAAUAUCAUCAUAUUUAGCUUAGCGACCUAGCGGCACAGUGCAGACAGAUAUAGACUAGUCUGGCUGGAGGCUGGGUGCCUGGCAGUGGACAAGCUUUCUAUCUCUCCCUUUUCACACUCAGUGCCGAAGGCUUAUGAGUGGCGGAGCAGCGGAAGUGAGAGGCGGUUUUGCUUUGAAAGAGACAAGAAGGCAAACAGAGAAAGAAGCAAAGCUAAGACUCCGACCAAGCCACAGAAUGGGACUUUGCUGCAGGAACAAAUCCUCAUAGACUUCCAAGGCAGCGGUCUCUGUGCAGCAGCAUUGCUUUCAACAGAGAUUUAAGAUGAUUGACAGUGGGCUGUCGACUCAGAGGAGGCCAAUGAGAAACCUUCCUGCAGACAGAGGCUUGCAGAAAACCAGCACCUUCAUUGUGCCCUGCUUCCUCUUUGUUGAGCUGGUCAUCAUGGCAGGGACCGUUCUGUUGGCGUAUUACUUUGAGUAUACAGACACGUUCCCCGUGCACAUCCAGGGCUUCUUCUGCUUUGACAAAGCCUACUCCAAGCCUUAUCCAGGACCAGAGGACAACAGCAAAGCGUCGCCUGUUCUCGUCUACUCCCUCGUCACCGCCAUCCCCACUGUGACGAUUCUGAUUGGAGAAGUGACCAGUUUCUUUGUGAAGACAGAGGGAGCUCAGGAGAAGACCAUAGUGACUGCUGACUGCUGUUAUUUCAACCCUCUGCUUCGUAGGAUCGUACGUUUUCUGGGUGUUUACUCCUUCGGUCUCUUCACCACCACUAUUUUUGCCAAUGCCGGUCAAGUGGUGACAGGAAACCAGACGCCUCACUUUCUGUCCACUUGCAAGCCAAAUUACACAGCUCUGGGUUGCCAGUCUCCUCUGCAGUACAUCACAGAACAUCGGGCCUGUACAGGAAACCCAUUCCUGGUGGUGUCCGCCCGAAAAUCCUUCCCCUCCAAAGAUGCAGCGCUCAGUUUUUAUUCAGCCAUCUACACCGUGAUGUACGUGACUCUGGUGUUCCGAACCAAAGGGACCCGUCUGAUGAAGCCCACCAUAUGCCUGGUGCUGCUGUCUCUGGCUGUGUUGGUGGGGGUGGUGAGGGUAACCGAGCACAGGAACCACUGGAAUGACAUACUGGCUGGAUUUGUCACGGGAGGGGCCAUCGCUGCAUUCCUGGUGUCAUGUGUGAUCAACAAUUUCAAGCCAACCCACAUAGCAGUGCCAACUCCGCUUCCGCCUCCUCAACAGUGUCCAGAGCCCACCGUUGGGCUGCCUCUACUCACCCUGCCCCGUGUGGAGAGUCCACUUGAAAAGUUAAGUGGCCUCCAGGCUCCAGGGCUACCAUAUUCUGAGAUCACAUGACCAUCAGCCAAUCCCGUCCCCCACCCCUCCCGAUGUGCUCCUCCCAACAAGGCGUUGCCUCACCAGCGCAGUCUAGACCUGCCCACUGAAUGCCCCCUACCCUGCCCCGCCCACCCUGAAGGACGACAACCUUUGCGACGAGUCAAAUCCACCCAGGUGUGAAGGUUCACCAGUCACAGUGGACAAAGCUCGGCUGAAUCUUGUAAUCGGCUAAAGACCUGCCUUGUACUGUCCUCGUUUGUCCUCCAAAAUGGCCUCCAAUUUCACUUGGGUGUAAACGCUCUACGUGAAGCCUCAUCAAAGCCAGAGCUGUUAAAGCAAUACUGUGUCCUGUUACUUUGUGUGGGUUUCCACAAAGGCUCAACAGCGACUCUAAACACUGUUGACUGGUGAUGACUUGAUUUUUCCAAUCAAAAAAAGAAAAAAGAAAGGAAGGAAGUAAACUCAGCUGAGCUGAGGGUCACAUGUGGAUUUUCCUCAAGACCAUUUUGUAAUACUCAGGACAAUAAAAUCGAAACACGUAAAGAACGCAAUUAGUCAAUAAAGACUUUUAUGUGAUCAGAGUGCAGGUAACGUCGGGUAUUAUUGCACAGAUUUGAGAGGGAAGCACUUCUGUAAAUUAUAGCACAGAUGAACUCAUUUAGUGUUCAGUAAACUGCGUUGUUUAUUAUCUUUUUCUUUUUGUUUUCUUCUAAAUAAUCAUGUGAUGUGAUAAAGAGAGAUUUUAAACACACUAGAGCUUUGCUUGUGAUACCACAUUUGAUUUGUUUUUUUGGGGGGCUUCAGUUAAUAUCCCAAAUGUGACACUAAAUAUUCAGGCGUCAGUUUUAAAUGUCAACUGGUUUGAUGUUCAUGCUGUGAAUUAUUCAGGAAGUUUGAGGACUUGACUUCCCGACUUUUGCCCCAUAUGGAAUUCUUCUUUUAGUUUGCAGAAAAAUGCUGUUCUUCUUUUUCUUUUUACCACAGUGAAGCCUCAUGUUUUGUUUUGUUUUUUAACACACAGAACACUAAUAAGACUUACAUUCAUAUCAGGUGGUGUCUCCAAAAGAAAUGUGUCAAAAGAGCAUAUAUGACAUGAGUUUAAUACUGCUGUAGUGCGUCUUUCUCGUCCAGUCUAUCUGUUCAUCACACUUAUGGUGUAAAACUAAUGGCACAGACAAAGUGUGUAACACUAUGAUGUGACCUCUGGGGUUUUGUAUAGGUUUGUACAGUGCAUAGGUUUCUUUACACAGUAUAUACAGCAUUAUCAUUCUAUUUAAAGUGUGUGAACAAUGUGAAGCAACCUGAAGCUGUCUUGUAGGAACCGGAGUAGUAGCUGGAUCUACAGUAAAGCAGGAAUGUAGCGCAGCGGAGUUGUGUGUGAAAUCUAACUAACACAAAGUCGGUGUGUUUGGCUCACAACCUUGCUUGGUUCUGCUCAGUUCAACAGGACACUGCAGGUCACACUAGUUUACAGAAUGGGUUAUAUAAAGAAGAUAUAAUGGUUUUAUUAAGCGUGUGUGAAUGUGUGUAUGUGUAAGUAUGCUUAUUGGGAUUGGUGUGCAUAUUUAUCAUGAGCACAUUGUAUGGCAGCACAACUGUUAAUUUGGCAAUCUGUUUUUCUUAAGUUAUACUGUCAAAAAUAGCUGCUAUAAUUACACACUUGUGCUUGUGUAUAACUGCAGGCCUUAAAAGGACCCCUGCCAAGGUGUCCUAACAAUGCCUGUUAUAGCAGAAGGUGCUCAUUAUAGCUCUGAGAUUACAAACAGUAUUUUCUUUCAGAUUUUUUUUUUUUUUUUUUGUAAACAACUGAAUGGAUUGAGAAAUAUCUGUUCAAAUGAUAUUAUUUUCAUGUUAUAAGUCUCUGUUUUGUAUUUAUUUACCAAAAAUAAAUUACAAUUAUCACACA